AUGAAUCAAUCUAUAUUUGUGUGGAAUUGUCAAGGGGCUGCGUCGAACAAGUUCCACACAGUUUUAAAAUCUCUCCUUCAAGGUUUCAAGCCGGCUAUCAUAGCUCUAGUUGAACCAAGAAUUUCAGGAUAUAAGGCAGAUAAAGUCAUUCAAAAACUUAAUUACCCCAAUUCACACCGUGUUGAGUCAGAAGGCUUUUCCGGUGGUAUUUGGUUAUUAUGGAUUGAUCAGGUGAAAGUGCAAAUCCUGGUGAAUCACAAGCAAUUCAUACACUCUCGCAUUUGUGACGUAGAAGGGAGACUACCAUUCCUCUUUACAGCAAUAUAUGGUAGUCCUAAUCCAGUAUCUCGAAAUCUCCUAUGGAGAGAAUUGCUACAGUUAAACAGUGGGGAUCAGGAGGCAUGGCUGCUAGCAGGCGACUUCAAUGCCAUCAGAUCCAAUGAAGAACGAAGAGGAGGCACAAGGCAUGCUGGUAUGGGAAAUAAAGCCUUUAAAGAAUUCAUAGAUUCAGCAAGCUUAAUGGACCUGGGUUACACUGGCCCAAGGUUCACAUGGAAAAGAGGCAAUUUAUUCGUCCGGCUGGAUAGAGCUCUUAGCAACCAAAAGUGGAUCUCAAACUAG